CACAUACUGAGAUUUACUCAUGCUCAAUGCACAUUGCUCAUUGCCUCAUUCACCUGAGUUACUUCAAAGUUGUGGACUUUUCGGAUUGUGAAUGUUUUUGACGCUGAAGUGACGGCUAAAUAGACUUUCUAACAACCUCACAGUGUAGUGCACGUUGUAUACAUAAAUGUUUUCUGAUAAAAAGUAUUAUUUAUAGUAAAUAAUGGCUUUACGUUUCAUAAAACGUACUUACAAUCGAAUGUUUCUUGCAAAAGACCCAAAGCCACCUUAUACGAGUCAUGUAGUACAAAUUGGUGAUCCGGUACUGCGUUGUAAAGCAUUCUCGGUUCCUUCAGAGAAAAUUGGAACAAAAGAACUACAUAAUCUAAUUUAUAUUUUGAAAACGCUGAUGAAAAAAUCAAACUUAAUUGGCCUAGCAGCACCUCAAGUUGGUGUUCCAUUACAAAUAUUUAUAAUACAUUUUCCGCAUCCAUCCCAUUAUUUUAGCAAAGAAGAGAUAACACUAAAAGGAAUGGAACAUGUUGAAAAUCAGGUUUGGAUAAAUCCCGAACUUAAAGUUUUGGAUCAUGAAAAAGUUACGUUCAACGAAUCUUGUGCGAGUUUUAAGGGUUAUUCAGCAGAUGUACCUAGAUAUAAGCGUGUGCUUCUAACAGGAAUUGAUGAAAAUGGAGAGAAAAAAACCUUAGAUGCAAAAGAAUGGACCGCUCGAAUAGUUCAGCAUGAAAUGGAUCAUUUAAAUGGAGUGAUGUAUAGUGAUCGCAUGGUACUUAAUAGUUUAUGUUGUACAGGAUGGCAUACUAUUAAUAAAUAUCAAGGAUUUGUAGAACUUAGGUAUGAAAAUUAGAAAAUUGCUGAUUUGUCAAACAUUUAAGAAUCCAUUGUCAUUUGUCUUUUAUUUACGGAAAUUAACUAAAAUUGUUUAUAACCUAGUUAAUAUUUUUGUAUAUUAAGACUUGUUGUCAAUAAUAAAUUAUUAACAGUUUUUAUUGAA